CGGAUAACUCCUCUCUCCCUCACAGAACAUGACUGCCCCUCUUCCGCUGCAUCCCCACCGACGGCGGGACUAACACCCACCCGUGGCCGGUCCAUGCGGCCGCCCUUCCCCAGCCACCGCGCCAGUCGCUGGUCUAUGCCCCACCCUCCCGCCGCCGCGCCGGUCCAUGGCGGCCGCCAUUCCCUUACCUCUCUUCCCGUAGCCUACGACUUCCACCUCGCCUCCUGUUUCCCCAGCGCUCUCCAGCCCCACGACGAACCCGUUCGUCGACACCAGUCUGCUCCGCAGCCGCGGCUCCGCUCCGGCCGCCAACAGAUCGUCGACACUGGCCACCGCGCGGCUUUGGAGGGAUCCGACAGAGGCUCCCGAAGUGGAUGCAUGCUGGAUGCCCCUCCCCACCUCGACUGCGGCUGGAGGAGGCCGUCGAUGCCUCCUACUUCGAGCCGUCCUAGUGGGCUACCACCGCUACCCGACAACAAGGAGCACCGCCGCGUCCGUCCACGGGUACCCCUGCUCGGCAUACUUCGUAGAGGAUGUUCUACAAGCAGCCUUGCCUGGGAAGAAAACGUACAGCAUGGGCAACUUGAGCAUGGAGAAGAAAAACCCAGUCCAGAAGAAGUCUGACCUGAAGAAAUGGACAGAGGAAUCACAGAUGCGUGUGGCCGGCUUGUUCAGGGGAUGCGGUGGACGCGGGUGCCGGGGCAAGCUCUAUCUCCUAGGCACCGGCGAUCUCGCGGGCGCGGCGGCAGGGCCGGUGCCGGGGCAGGCUCUAUCUCCUGGGCACUAGCGAUCUUGCAGGAUGGAUGCCACGCUGUGAGCGACAACAAUCGGCGAUGGCGAUCCUGCAGGGAGGCAAUGGAGCGGCGAGAUCUCCGUGCAGGUAGGAGACAUUGUUGGUUGGCGGCGUCUGUCACCAGGGUUGCCGUAGUGCCAAACAGUGAGGCCGAGGUCAAGGGCGUGGAGUUGCCUUAGUUUUUUUUACGGGUGGAGUUGCCUUAGUUUGUAAUCAGAUUUCCUUGAUUGUAGGGGGCGUGGGAAUGGUAGUUCCAAUACUCCUCUCCUGGUGAAGCACGGUCAGUCAUUGGAAAUUGAUAAGUGUACACCAUAAAGGUAUUAGAUCACUAAGAUUUGUUAGAUUGAGAAGUGUGGGCCUAAUCGUGUGGUGCUUAUUGAUC